CUCGCGGGCGGGCGGCCCGGGUCCGCCCGAGUCGGCUGGAGCUGUUGCCAUGACGAGCAUUUUCGCGAGAAAGCUCUGCCGCUGAGACUGUCCGACGCGGGGGCCGAGGGAGGGGCGCGAACUUCCUGGGGACGCAUCCCUCCGCGGAGAGCGAGCCCGGGGACCCCCGCCCAGCUCUGCUGCGCCCGUUUUCUUCCGGGACCCCGCGAGGUCCUUCCACUGGGCCGGAGCGGGACGGGCGGAGAGCGCAGCCGGCAUCUCGCGCGCGGUGGCCACGCCGGGGCGGCCCGGGCGCCUGCCUCGCUCCGUCCAUGGAAACCCGCAGGGCGAGCGCCGCGCGGAGCCUGGACCUUUGCUAGAAAGAGAGAUCCAGUUGUCAUCAGUAUCCAGGGAGCCCUCCUCUUCCUCCUCCUCCUCCUGCCGCCUCUCUACCACCGCGGUUGCUGGUUGUUGCUAAGGUUGCCUCCAUGGUAACAUGCACAUCCUGUUUACACCUCCAUCUGGGCAAGUCAGUCUAAGCUAGGAACCUACCUACCCUGGACGGCCGCUUCCAUCGCCACCUGGGGACACCAAUCAUCGCGACGCGUGGUCCGGCUUCCACUUGGCUCCCCCAUCUUCCUCCUCCUCUCACUGCCAAGCUUCGUACGCAAAGUAGGAUCUGGGCUUGAGGCUGCUGCUCUGAAGCUUAUUGCACAAGAUCCAGUCGAUCUGUUUCCUGACCAGGCCCCAGAGAAGCACGAGGUAGGAAGAAGCGAGGCCGGGAGGCCAGAGAGCCUAGUCGGCCGGAGGGAAGCCCCGUCCUCUCGGUCCGAGGGCUCGGUGACAGCCGGCGACAUGACGAGCCCCGCAGAACGUGCCCUGCCGGCCAACUCGCCGGGCGAGAGCCGCGAGGGGGACUUUGGCUGCACGGUGAUGGACCUGAGGAAGCUCAUGGAGCUGCGCUCGGGGGACGCGAUAGACCAGAUCCACGCCCACUACGGAGGCGUGGCGAAUCUGUGCAGCAGGCUGAAAACCAACCCCGUGGAAGGUCUAUCUGGGAACCCUGCAGAUCUGGAGAGACGUAAGCAAGUGUUUGGACAGAACUUGAUCCCCCCCAAAAAACCCAAGACCUUCUUAGAACUAGUGUGGGAAGCCCUUCAAGAUGUCACACUCAUCAUUCUGGAGAUUGCAGCCAUCAUCUCCCUGGUCCUGUCCUUCUACCGCCCCCCUGGUGAAGAGAAUGAGCAGUGUGGUCUAGCUGUAAGUACCCCGGAAGAUGAAGGGGAGGCAGAAGCUGGCUGGAUUGAGGGGGCGGCCAUCCUGUUCUCUGUGAUCAUCGUGGUGCUUGUGACUGCCUUCAAUGAUUGGAGCAAAGAGAAGCAAUUCCGGGGGCUGCAGAACCGCAUUGAAAAGGAGCAGAAGUUCUCCAUUAUCCGAAAUGGUCACAUCAUCCAGCUCCCUGUGGCUGAGAUCGUGGUGGGCGACAUCGCCCAAAUCAAAUAUGGUGACCUGCUGCCUGCAGAUGGGAUCCUGAUCCAGGGGAAUGAUCUCAAGAUUGAUGAGAGUUCUCUGACUGGGGAAUCGGACCAUGUCAAGAAGUCCCUGGAAAGAGACCCCAUGUUGCUCUCAGGCACUCACGUCAUGGAAGGUUCUGGCCGGAUGGUAGUGACUGCUGUGGGUGUCAACUCCCAGACUGGAAUCAUCUUUACCCUCUUGGGGGCCAGUGAGGGAGAAGAGCAGGAGAAGAAGAAAAAAGGUAAAAAACAAGGAGUCCCUGAAAAUCGCAACAAAGCAAAGACUCAGGAUGGAGUGGCCCUGGAGAUCCAGCCACUCAACAGCCAGGAGGGGAUGGACAAUGAGGAGAAGGAGAAAAAGGCGGCCAAGCUGCCCAAAAAGGAGAAGUCAGUGCUGCAGGGCAAGCUGACCCGCCUGGCCGUGCAGAUCGGGAAGGCAGGUCUGAUCAUGUCUGCCAUCACAGUCCUCAUUCUGAUUCUGUACUUUGUGAUUGACAACUUCGUGAUACAGCGCAAACCGUGGCUGGCCGAGUGUACUCCCAUCUACAUCCAGUACUUUGUCAAGUUCUUCAUCAUCGGCGUCACCGUACUGGUGGUGGCUGUGCCAGAGGGGCUGCCACUGGCUGUCACCAUUUCCCUGGCCUAUUCUGUGAAGAAAAUGAUGAAAGACAACAACCUGGUACGGCACUUGGAUGCUUGUGAGACGAUGGGCAAUGCCACAGCCAUCUGCUCUGAUAAGACAGGCACGUUGACCAUGAACCGCAUGACUGUGAUCCAGGCUUAUAUCGGGGACACCCAUUACCAUCAGAUCCCAAGCCCUGAUGUCCUCGUGCCCAAGAUCCUGGACCUUGUUGUCAAUAGCAUUUCUAUCAACAGCGCCUAUACCUCCAAGAUUCUGCCUCCAGAGAAGGAGGGCGGCCUGCCGCGGCAGGUGGGCAACAAGACCGAGUGUGCCCUGCUGGGCUUUGUCACGGACCUGAAGCAGGAUUACCACGCGGUGCGCAGCGAGGUGCCCGAGGAGAAGCUCUACAAGGUCUACACCUUCAACUCGGCGCGCAAGUCAAUGAGCACCGUCGUCGAGAAGCCCGGCGGCUACCGCAUGUACAGCAAGGGCGCCUCCGAGAUCCUCCUGCGCAAGUGUAAUCGAAUCUUGGACAAGAAAGGGGAAGCAGUGCCAUUCAAGAAUAAGGACCGAGACGAGAUGGUGCGCACUGUCAUUGAGCCCAUGGCCUCUGACGGACUUCGGACUAUCUGUAUAGCUUACCGGGAUUUCAGUGAUGUAGAGCCCCCGUGGGACAACGAGAACGAAAUCCUCACGGAACUGACCUGUAUCGCGGUGGUGGGCAUUGAGGACCCCGUGCGCCCAGAGGUACCAGAAGCUAUUGCCAAAUGCAAACGAGCUGGCAUUACUGUCAGAAUGGUGACAGGUGACAACAUCAACACAGCCCGGGCCAUCGCCACCAAAUGUGGCAUUUUGACGCCUGGGGAUGACUUCCUGUGCUUAGAAGGCAAAGAAUUCAACCGACUCAUCCGCAAUGAGAAGGGCGAGGUAGAACAAGAAAAGCUGGACAAGAUCUGGCCUAAGCUUCGAGUUCUGGCACGAUCUUCCCCCACUGACAAGCACACGCUGGUGAAAGGCAUCAUUGACAGCACUGUUGGGGAGCAGCGGCAGGUGGUGGCUGUCACUGGAGAUGGCACAAAUGAUGGGCCUGCACUGAAGAAAGCAGAUGUUGGUUUUGCCAUGGGUAUUGCAGGCACAGAUGUGGCAAAGGAGGCAUCAGACAUCAUCCUAACAGAUGACAACUUCACCAGCAUCGUGAAGGCAGUGAUGUGGGGACGAAACGUCUAUGACAGCAUCUCGAAGUUCCUGCAGUUCCAGCUCACUGUCAAUGUGGUGGCCGUGAUCGUGGCCUUCACUGGAGCCUGCAUCACUCAGGAUUCCCCACUGAAAGCUGUACAGAUGCUGUGGGUUAAUCUCAUCAUGGACACUUUUGCCUCACUGGCCCUGGCCACCGAGCCCCCUACAGAUGCUCUGUUGAGGCGUCGCCCGUAUGGCCGAAAUAAGCCUCUGAUCUCCCGGACUAUGAUGAAGAACAUCCUGGGGCAUGCCGUCUAUCAGCUCGUGGUCAUCUUUGCCCUUGUCUUUGCCGGUGAGAAAUUCUUUGACAUCGACAGUGGGAGGAAGGCCCCUCUGCACUCGCCGCCCAGCCAGCACUACACCAUCGUCUUCAACACCUUCGUGCUGAUGCAGCUCUUCAACGAGAUCAACUCCCGCAAGAUCCACGGGGAGAGGAAUGUCUUCGCGGGCAUCUUCCACAACCUCAUCUUCUGCUCUGUGGUUGUGGGCACAUUCGUCUGCCAGAUUUUCAUCGUGGAAUUUGGGGGUAAACCCUUCAGUUGUACGAGGCUCACUCUGUCCCAGUGGUUUUGGUGUCUCUUCAUUGGUAUUGGAGAACUGCUGUGGGGCCAGGUAAUCUCCACGAUACCCACCCAAUCCCUGAAGUUCCUGAAGGAGGCUGGGCAUGGCACCGCUAAAGAGGAGAUCACCAAGGAUGCUGAGGGACUGGACGAGAUUGACCAUGCAGAGAUGGAGCUGCGCCGAGGCCAGAUCCUCUGGUUCCGAGGCCUAAACCGUAUCCAGACUCAGAUCGACGUAAUUAACACAUUCCAGACGGGAGCCUCUUUUAAGGGAGUCCUAAAGCGGCAGACCGCGGGGCAGCACCUUGAUGUAAAACAUGUUCCUAGCUCAUCCUAUGUAACAGUUGCGCCAGUCAGAUCUCCCCCCACCACUUCUGUUGCUGCUGCUGUUUCAUCUCCUACUCUGGGCAAUCAAAGUGGUCAAAGCGUUCCAUAGUUCCCUCCACGAAAGCAUUCAGAAACCCAAGAACCAAAACUCCAUCCACAGCUUCAUGACCCACCCUGAAUUCACCCUAUGUGAGGAGGGGCCACGAACACCACUCCUGGAUGAGCAAGAGGAGGAAAAUCUUGAAAAGUUUCCUAAGUCUGGGACUAGGGUGCUCCUGCUGGACGGAGAGGUCACUCCAUAUGCCAACAAAAACAACAAUGCGGUGGACUGCAGCCAAGUCCAGAUGGGUGCCUCCCUCUCGGACAGUCGCCUGCACAGCCUGGAGACGUCAGUUUGAACUGCAUUCUCUGACUCCCGUUUCUGCUUUCCCUGUUUCCUUUUUCAUCUGUCCUGUCCGUAAGGUGAGGAUGGGACUUUCACUGUCAUGUCAGCUGCUCCCAAGUGUGUGUGAACCCCCACCUGACCGUGAAGAGGCAAGAGCACACACCUACCGGGAUUUCAACUUAAACUUGAGUUGAGGUUUGUAGCAGGACCCAGUCAAACCCCAGGCAGGUAAUGAAUGGUGGAAUCUACUUCUUGGGUGUAUCAGUUGUCAUUUUUAAAGAAAUAAUGACAAUCCUCUUGGCAUCCAUCUCAACCCAAAUUUCCCCCCAGUAUUCGUAUAUGUGUCACCGUCUUCUGACUUCUGGAUUUUACCCUAUGAGUCUGUGCCAUUUGUAAGCUCACUUGAGGGUUCAGAAAGACAAAUAUCCUCAAAUGUAAUGUAUUGAGGUAGGAAUGGAACGUAUAGAAUCAGCCUGCAAAGUGAUUGUUUUUAAAAUGAUUUUUCCACUUUGAAAACUUCUACCUAAAGCCUUCGAGCUCUUCUGCGCUUUCAGUCAGACCUCCCUACGGUUCUUUGGGUCUUUUCUGACCAUUGCCUUCCUUACCUUCACUCUCUCUCUCUCUUUCUUUUUUUUUUUUUAACUUGUGAUGAUUAGGAAGGUAGAACGUGAAUGAAUUGUCAACUUUGGCCGUCAUUCCCCCUUCUGGCCCCAGUGGAACCCUUGUUUUAGUUCUAAAGGAGAUAAGUUUCUUUGCUAAAAGGGUGCUUUUGAAGCAAUGGAGAGCUGGUAAGAAUGUGUUCCUGUUGUUGCCAGGUUACCUUCCACUUCCAAACCACCAUCCUGUCUUGUGUGUGGUUUGUAAGUGCCGGGGAGCUCAGCCUUGACCAUGAAGCUUGCAUAUGUGUGGUAUGUAGUUUUUACCAUGAGCCUGAGCUUUCUCCUAUUCCUAAAGUGGUGGCAAAAGAAUGAAUAGAGGACGACCCUGCCUCCUAACUGGACUUGAUAUUGAGGACCAGAAGCUGGCAGGUCUAGGACAAGACAGACCAUCAAAGUCAGUUCUUGUGGGUCCUCCUUGGGAUGACCACAACUGCUCGAAAGCCAUCCACCAGUGCUCUUCCAAGGCAGGAGCUGAUAGUUGGGGGCGGGGGUGAGUAUUGAAAAGCCUUGGGAGAGGCCAAAGGGCCAUCCCAGCAGUAUCUGAGAAACCAGAAACCGUGAGCUUCAGUGUGAGUACCAGCUUAGACAUUCCCUUCAGUUUUCUCAUUCUUUGCCCUGUCCCCUAACUUGUGCAGUCUCUGCAAAGGCUCUAACCUUGCUCAGAUAGUCUGAUUUUGAAAAUAUAUAUCCAGAAUGGGAGGCUCCAGUGACAUUUUGCUGAUGUAACGGAGCAAAAGGCCCACCCUGAAAUGCCCUCCUCGUUCCUCUUCCCCGCCUCGCGCGCCCCGAAGCCCUCCCAGAGCACACUCGGCUGCGCGGUGAAGCCUCUGCCCUCCUGCCCCGGACGCUGCCCGCAGCAGCCCCCGCCCACCUGCCUCUCAGGAGCCGGGGACUUUGCUGGGAGCUUCUUUAAGUGUCCCGUGAUGGGACUAGGUGGAGCGUGUUUGUGGGAGCUCCACUUUUACCCCUGCUGAUGUUGGCUUCAGCUCUUCUGUGCAGGGUUAGCUCACGUCUGCCCGUUCUCUCCCACGAGGUAAGUGAAGCCUGUCUCUGUCUUUCUAGAAUGAGGGGAGUUGGGAGAAGGGGCUUGCGGCUCGUAUGAACUGCCACAUUUCCGUUUGUGAGAGUGGGAGACCCAAGCCUGUCCUCUGCAGCCCUUCCUUCUGGAUCUUUCUCCCUCACCCCUUCACCGGAACUAUCCAAGGGAAGGAGAGUAAGAAACAGCACCCCACACACUGCAUUACCACAUCACCCACCAAAGUUGAGUUUGUUUUUAUAAAGGUUACAUGCUUCAGCAGUCUUUUCUCUGUCUGAAAUACAGGGAAUUUAUUUAUUGUGGGGAGGAAAAAAACAGCUCACCCAAGGUGUCAGGUGUUCCCGUGCAUAUUUAUUAAGUACGUUGGAAGAUUUAGUUCUCUCGAGUCUUUUAUUACCUCAGAUCAGCUUGAAAAAUAAGCCAACAACAAACUUUGGAGGCUCUUUCACACUCCUGCUCCCAGAAGACUCUCGGUGCCUGACCGGUCACUCUCGAGGGCUUGCGUCUACUUGUUUAAAACUCAACGGGUAUUUUGUGUAUUCUAGUUUCCAUAGUAGGAGAGAAAAUAUAGAAAUAUUAUGCAAAAAAAUAUAGUUUUCUUUAGAUCAGAAACUGAUAUUUUUUGAGUCAGCCAUAUGUAUUUUGUUUAAAGGAUUUAGAAUAAAGUACUGUCAUGGAACCCUGUGGAAGGGAGCAGAGACCCAGCUGUUAGACAUGACAGGUGACUUCAUAUAUUUGUAGUUGGUCUCGAAACCAAUGCACCGUACUUCUUUCUCCAAACAGCCAUCUUUUUACUUAGGGGAAAAAAUUUGUUGGGUUCUAGACUUUUUUAAUAUAAAUUUUGUUGAUACGGAGUUGAGUACGUUUAAGUGUUUAUGUGCAUAUGUUUUUUAUAUAAGUUUUUUUUUUCUAUUCAGUUUCAGUGAUCCAACUGGCAGUGAGUAAAUAUGGCAUAAGUUAAUAAAGUUUUCCCCCAAAAUGGUGCUUUGGAUUUGAAAAGGGUCUGAUGGGGAGAAGGGGAAAACAUCUUAGAUUCCUCUCUGGAUAAACCUAGAAAAACAGUCAACAGACUGCAGAUGGGAAGGACAGCAUCCAGCAAGAAGGGGCAGUGGCAGGCCGUGAGCAUGCGCCCCUCUAGAGGGGGCGCCAGGCUCUUCAGUGACUAGUGAUUAGGAUCAGGGCCUGGGUGGACUGGGGUUGCUUGUAGAGCAGCCGGCAGAGUGGUACCCCAGGCAUGAGUAUCUCUCGUGCUGCAAGGAUAUUCUGAUUUGGGGUUUGCAGUUUUUAUGCUUCUUUCACCUCCUGUUGUCCCCGCAGUUUUGCAUUAGUGAGUUUUUGUGCAAGGAUCUGAUUGGGGCCUUCUUAGCCUGCCCUAGGAAGGUGUCGGACAAUCUAUUAGAUGGGGGGUAGAGCUGUAAGUGGGAAAACCAAGGCUGGGUCUAGCCCUGGGGACAGUCUUGGCUAGGACCUUCCUGUGGUGUCCUCUACCCUCUGAAAUGACUCCUCCAUCCACCACCUAGAAACCCUUCUGGCACUGUGGCUUCCUUAGGGUUUGGGUUUCUUCUCCUCCUCGAGCUUCCGAGGGGAGAGGUUGCACAACGAAAUCAGAGGAUUACCUCACCCAGAGGGCGCAGCAAGCUCGCAGGUGCCCCGACACCCCUAAACGUGGCGCGUCCUCUCUUCCCUGCUCCCCUUGCCUAAUGAUGGAAGCAGCCCAAGCUGCCCUCACAGAGUGCACAUGUCCGCACUGUCCAUGUCGGCCACCCCACUGCAGUGGGGGGUGGGCCGGACCCUUGCCUGCCCUUCCUAAGCCGUUCCAGCCUCUUCCUCAGAAGAGACAGAUACCCCUCCAUUGAGCUCCGUGCCAGUCCUCGACCUUCCCAACCUUGCUGUUUGGCCUGCUGUCUUCUUUCCUCUUGAGGAGGAGAGAGGAGGGAGGUGAGCUUCCCAGGACUGAACUGGCCUUUGGUUCCUGUUUUCUCCCAUAUGUAUAUAUGCCAUAUGUGAAUAUGCCAUAUAUAUGUACCAAGAGAUCUGUCUAUGUUGUUCUUUUCAAAGCAGCACGCAGAUAGGAAUUUUGAAUUUCUUCUCUUUUUUCAGUAACUGGUAUAACAAGCACUGGUAUUUUUAUAUAAAAAAGAAAAACAAAACAGAAGAUUGACUUGUGAUCUGCAUGACAAAAACAAAUGGUGGUCUCGAAGCCGUGUGCACCCCGCUGUGUGUUGCCAUAAUGUGCAGUUCAGCUUAACAGCGCGGCCAAUCUGUAUUUGCAUUCUGAUAGUAUUUAAACCCUCUGUGCAGUGUUUUGCAUGUGUUUAUAUGAUUCUUAGGGAAAAAAUGCUAUAAACUGGCAAAUCUGAAAUUCAAAUAUGUUGUUCCACUGAGACAGGAAGAAUAAAAGAAGAAUUUUAAAAGAAGGAAAAAAGGGAUAAGUUUUUUGGAACCAAUAAAGCUUUUUGUUGAUGAGCAGAAACCGGUACUGCCGUGCACUGAGAAUAAAAACCCAUGCCCACUGGUAA